CGUAAUUCUUGAGGUCAAUCGUACAGGAAGUUAAGAGACCUUCCGCGAGACAUUGGGUCAAGCGUGAGAGAGGAGGGCGAGCGAGCGAAGGAAUUUGCUGCUAUGUCUUUACUACACUAUGUAGUACGAGCAAGACCAGAGCAAAAUCGAGAUGAGCUUCGAUCUUACUCGUUACCUCAAUUCCGCAACGAGGACCCUUCUGGCUCACGCAGGCAUCCUCCCCCUGACUUCGUUUCAGCCCCAACGCAGUCCAGUAGUACCGUACCAUAUUUCUAGACAGAGACGGCUCGCAGGAUCACUGGACGUGGACCCAGAAAAGGAAAUAUACGAGAAAUGGCGGAAGCAGCAGAGUCAUCGAUGGCAGCACCACGCGAAAGUUGUUCCUUGGAUGAGGUUUAUUUCGAACUCAGUGGGCAAUUAUUUGUCUUUCGAACCUUAGCUGUUUGCUGGAGCGUAGACGGUGCUCAACAUGUACGAAAUUGGAAUUAC